AUGCAUCGUCUUUUUGCUGAGCUGGAGCCAUCUUUAACCGUCACAGAGCAAAACCUGGCAGACCGAGUUCGGUAUAUCUUGCGCUCAAAUAUAUUUGAUGUCGCCGAACUCGAACGGCUACGACGUGAGGCUGUUCUCUCGUCGGAUGAGAAUGCUACGGCUGAGGAUGCGGCGCCACAAAUGGAACUGGAAUUAGAGCAUAUGAGGAGUACAUUGGAAGAGGCGAUUAUAGAAACGCGCAGUACGCCUCUCGAAAAUCGACCGCGACUUCCCCGCAUAGCCCUAAGCAAGCGGAAUCGGGCUGGGCUGAGGGCUCUGAACCCAAUGCUGGUGACCUAUUUGGAAGCCAGCCGGGACCUUUGCGAGACGGACUCAAUUCUUUUUGGCGCCGCGCUGGCAGUCUGCCGUAUCAUAGGCGCCAAGGUUUCCACGGCUGGACGCGCUACUGGCCAUAGUAGCGCUAUCCCAGCAUGGAGAAGAAGAAUAGAGGAACGUAUCGCAAAGGCUAGAGCUCUCAUCGGCAGACUGAUAUGCUUCAGAUCAGGCAACAACAGGCCAAGAAUUGUGCGCACCGUCAGGAUGGCGUUUGCUGGGACAAAUGUCAGUUUGUCCCAGCCGGAUAUAACGCAAAAACUGACGGAGCGCAUAGAUGAUCUGAAGCAGAGAAUCGAUGCUUCGGGAAAGCGGAUUCGGUGA